ACACACACAGCACAGACAACCUUUAGACUGCCACCAUGAAGGCCACAGCAGCAGCCACGGCGAUGUUGCUGUUGCCGCAGGCGGCCCUUAGCCACUCUUCUCCACUGUACACAUCAUUUUCUGGUCCCCGUGCCCACUUUCCGGCCACUUUCCUGGCCACAGUACCGUCCCACACCCUCAGCAACACCAAGCGCCCUCCUAUCCUCAACCAACGCCGACGCGUCGCUGUGAUUCGAGGCGGAGCGGCCGUCACCGCUGAGGGUAGUUUUCAAGUUCCACCAGCAGGCACAGAGAGCGGGGAUGGAAACAAGGGCUCCUCCGUCUCGACAGCCACCUUCAAUCUCAUCAAAAACAUCCUUGGUGCCGGCGUCCUCUCCCUCCCUUCCGGCGUGGGAGCUUUUUCCAGCAACCCUAUGGCGUUGGUCCCCGCCGUCGCCCUCACCAUGGGGAUGGGCUCGCUCUCCGCUUACUGCUUCACGCUGAUCGCACGGGUCUGUGCUCUUAACAAAGUGGAAACAUACGGGGAGGCCUGGGAGAAGUCCGUGGGGAAGAAAACCGCUUGGAUGGUCCCCGCCGCCUGCACCUUCAAGACUUUCUGCGCCUGCACGGCCUUCAGCAUCAUCAUCGCCGACUCCUUCUCCUCGCUCUUCGGGGCCACGCCGGGCUUUCCCGCCUUGUUGGCGCAGCGGACGAACGUGAUCGUUUGGAUGACCUCCCUGGUUCUCCUUCCCCUCUGCAUGCUCAAGAGCUUCGCGCCCCUCGCCCCCUUCUCCCUGCUCGGCAUCCUCGGCACUGUCUUCACGGGCGCCGUGAUCGCACUGAGGCUGCUGGACGGAUCCUACGCGCCGGGGGGCCAGUUCCAUGAGGCCAUUGCCGCUUCCCUUCGCCCCUCUCUGCUCUCAGGGUCGUCCUCCCCUCUCUUGAGCCCGAUGGUCUUCGUCCUCGUCUCCAUGCUCUCCACCUCCUUUAUCGCGCACUACAACGCCCCGAAGUUUUACACGGAGCUGGAGAAUCGCUCCAUUCCCAAGCUCAACAAAGUGGUGCAGAACUCCUUCAACUUUUGUACCGCCGCUUUUGCCUUCAUCAUGGGAUGCGGCUACCUGACCUUCGGAGGGGCGAGCCAGGGGCUGAUACUUAACAAUUACGCCGAGCAGGACGUGCUGGCGAAGAUGUGCCGGUUGGCGAUUGGGGCGAGCAUCGUCUUCGGCUACCCUUUGACCUUCGUGGGCAUCCGCGACGGGGUCUUGAGUCUCCUGGGACGCAAGGCGCCCAGCACCAGGACUCAGACAGUGACCACGCUGGUCCUUCUGGCUGUCGUCAGCACGCUCGCGGUCUUUUUGCGGGACGUGGGCUUCGUGGUAUCCCUGGGGGGGGCCUUGUUGGGCUCCUGCAUCAUCUACAUCUUUCCUGCCAUCAUCUUCAUCAAGACGAUGGCGCAAAAGGUGGCAACAGGGGAGGUUGUUGAGACGCCGGCUGUAAAGAGGGAGGUGCUGCUGAACAAGGGCAUUACGGCUCUGGGCGUGCUCUUGGCGAUUAUCGGGGCCACUGUAUCGGUCUUGAAGGCCUUUAUUCUCAAGUAAGUGGUUUCAGCCUGAGGAUUGGCGUGUACGAGUGACGGCAGAAUUUGUGCAAAGGGGGAAAAGAACACGACCGCGUCGAUGAUUGAAAAGACGCAUGCGCUGUGGAAACGAGACGGUUGGAUGCGUACAACGGAGGGAGGGUGUGGCAGAACGGAAUGGUAAUUCAUGUUUGGUGAUAUAAAAUAAAUAGACGGAGUGAGCACACAGAGCCGAAGGUUGAAGGAGGGAAAAGCAUGGCACUUUAUUUUCUCUCCCGUGAGGCAUCUUAGAACAGCUGGGGAGUACCUCGAAAGGCGGAAACAUUUUGAGUGGGAAUGAAAAAGGGUAUUAAAAGGUAGUACCGAGUGAUAAACGUACAUCUAGAGGAGGGCUAGGCGCAAACAUCAUGAUAAAGGACGUCAAAACGGGUUGGAAAAGGAACUGAAUGUUUGCAGAUAAAAAUAAAUCACUUGAAGAAGAUGGUUCGUCAAAGGCAGGAUGGAAAACUUCAAA